CUCCUUCCCUUUGUGGCUUCGUCAAUGUUUAUAUUUUAUUAUAUGGUACUAAUCGAUUCAUGUUUUUCAUGUAAUGUACCAAAUGCACUUGAAUCACCAUUCCCCUUGGCCCCUACAACCCUCCCUCCGCCACCAUGGAGAACGACCCGCCGUACCCCGUCUAUGGCACCACCUACACUGCUUUUCGAGUCUCCCCACUAUACCAUCGUCCAUCCAACCCAUCCUCCGAUCUCUCCCUCUCGCAACACGCCCGCCGCUUGCGCGAUGUCUUGCGAGGUGACUCGGUUCGUGGAGUCCAGCUCUCCACGGGAGAUUCCAUGGUCGCUCCGGUCACUGGCACCCUCCAACGAUGCACCUGGGAGCGGUUUGGCGACGAACCGACCUGGCAUCGAGCACAUGCGUUCACGGUUGGCGAACAUGAGGACGACCUCUCCCAAUCCACCGAGCAACCGACCUUGGCAGAGGCCGUGGGGAUUCGCAUCGAACUUCAGUACGACCGUGCCGUACACUCCGCCUUGCUCCUCAAAGAUCCCGAACCUUCAUCCCCCACUCCGGGCUUCUCCUCGUUCCCGCUUCUUCUUCUCCGCAUGCCAACGCACCUUCGCGACACCGUCAUCGAAUAUCUCCAGCGCGCAUUUGAUGCUCAUAUCGCUCCCCUCCGACUUCGAAGCGCUUUUCUCACCGCAUCUCUCGAGCGAUCCUUCGCCUCCUCACCAAACGAUGAUCUAGCGACCACGGACCCGCCCAUCUCCGGUCCCUUCACCGCCGCGUUGGAUCGAUACAUCAGCGAGCAUUUGGCAUUCUCCCUGCGACAUCCGGCCGUGAGCGUCAUUAAAGUCGCGUGUGCGCAGUUCGCAUUCACUGCCGAAGGCAAGGUCAAAAUCACUCCUCCCAUGGACUCGGAUCAACUGGACCACUCGGGCGUGGACCUGGAUGCGACCGAACGAAUGCCGGAGUGGUUGUACAAGGUCUUGAUUAAGGAGGCUCGCACUAGUCAAUCUGCGGUUGCAAUGGAAGACGUGGCCACCAAAGUCGCUGGAUGA